CAAGCAUCCAUUGAUCUUACGAGCGCGGGGACGAAUUUGGGAUGUUGCUCGAAGUCGUCGACAUUUUUAGAACAAGUCGUUCACUUGUAUUUAUUUUAGUGUACAAGUAGUCACUCCGGCCGAUCCUUGUACUAACUCAGUAGAAAGCAUUAUGGAUCAGAGAGAGUAACAUUUUUGUUUUUUUACAUUUAGAGCUUGGGCCUUGCUUAUAGAAGUGCCCAUUUGGGCUUAUAUACUGUAGCACAAGAAUGGUAAAGCCAUGUUGGGCCUUCUUAUAGACUUAUCAAACAGCAAACCAUCAACCGUGGAUCUACGAUACAAAGCUAGGCCUUUUCGGUCUCUGUGUGUGCAAAGAGCGCGCCGAGUGGCCGCCGCCGACCCAUCUGCAGCCCAAAACCUGCUCCAGCGGCUCCAGGCUCCAGAAUGCACGAGAAUACCGAGCCCAUCCGCCUACCGAAUCCACAAAAAAUCGUGCAAAAUAAAAUCCUCACGUUUCUCCGGCUCCGCGCGGCGCGGUGCCACUCCUCCCCGCCUCCGGCCACAACCCAGCCCAAAAUAUCUCCCACGCCGGCGCAGUGGCGCAAGCCUCAUCCCCACGGUGAAGCCACCCCGCCUCCGCCCCCUCCUCCCCAUGUUCGCCUCCGCCCCCACAUCGCUCCACCUCUCUCACCAGGCGGUGUUUGGCGUUGGCGCCAAGCGGCAAACGCUCACGCGCUGCAGGCCCCUCUCGUCUUCGCCGGGCGCGGCGCAGCCGGCAAACGCGAACCACCUCAUCCAGACGCUCUGCGCCAACGGUCGCCUCGCGCGCGCCGCUGCGCUCCUCCCGGGCCUCCCCGCGCCCACGCAGCGCACUUACGAGUCGCUCCUCCUCGCCGCCGCGCGGGCCAGGGACGCCGCGCUCGCCGCGGCCGUCCACCGGAGGCUCGAGGCCGACCCGGUCUUCCGCUCCGACCCAUUCCUCUCGACCCGCCUCAUCGAAGCCUACGCCGCGCUAGGCGCGCUCCCGGCCGCACGCCAGGUGUUCGACGAGACGCCCGUCAAGAACAUCUUCGUAUGGAACGCGCUGCUCAAGGCCCUCGCGCUCGCCGACCAUGGUGACGAGGCACUCGCGCGCCUGGCCGACAUGGGUCGGCUCGGCGUCCCUGUCGACAGCUACAGCUACACGCACGGACUCAAGGCCUGCAUCGCUGUGUCAGCAUCGCACGCACCAGCCUCCGCCCGUGUACGGGAGGUGCACGCACAUGCCAUCCGCCGUGGUUACGCACUGCACACGCAUGUUGCCACCACUCUUAUCGACUGCUAUGCAAAGCUUGGGAUCGUCAGAUAUGCUGAGAGUGUAUUUGCUGCAAUGCCAGAGAGGAACGUUGUUUCCUGGAGUGCCAUGAUUGGGUGCUAUGCUAAGAAUGAGCGACCAGCUGAUGCCAUUGAACUAUUCAAGGAUAUGAUGGCUUCUGAUGCAGACCUUGUGCCUAACUCGAUCACAAUAGUAAGCGUCUUGAAUGCGUGUGCAGGAGUGAACGCACUCAGUCAUGGCAAACUAUUGCAUGCAUAUAUCCUCCGGAGAGGCUUUGAUUCACUUGUUUCAGUACUGAACGCAUUGAUGGCAAUGUACAUGAGAUGUGGAUGCCUUGAAGUUGGCCGGCAUAUCUUCAAAUGGAUAGGACAUAGGAGGGAUGUUGUGUCGUGGAAUUCACUUAUAUCUGGAUAUGGAAUGCAUGGCUUCGGCCCUGAGGCAGUUCAGGUGUUUGAGGAAAUGAUCCAUGUGGGGUUUUCACCAAGUAUCAUCACAUUUAUCAGUGUCCUUGGGGCUUGUAGCCACGCAGGACUUGUGAACGAGGGGAAGAUGUUGUUUGAGUCAAUGGUGGAGUAUGGUGUUACGCCUCGUGCAGAGCACUAUGCUUGCAUGGUAGAUCUCCUUGGUCGUGCUGGGCAGUUGGAUGAAGCUAUGGAGCUCAUAAGGAGCAUGCACAUUGAGCCGAGUCCUCAAGUAUGGGGCGCACUUCUUGGAGCUUGCCGUAUUCAUGGGCAUGUGGAGUAUGCCGAGAUAGCUUGCUCUCAUCUCUUUGAUCUUGAACCCAGAAAUGCAGGUAACUAUGUACUCCUUGCUGAUAUUUAUGCUCGAGCUAAAUUGCACAAUCAAGUUGGCGUGCUAAAGGAGCUUCUCGAGGAGCAUGCGCUGGAGAAGGUGACUGGUUGUAGCUGGAUAGAGGUGAAGAAGAAGCUACACUCCUUUACGUCUGUGGACAACAAGAACCCACCUGUUGAGCAGCUUCAAGCUCUGAUAGGUGAGUUUGUGGCACAGAUGAAGAAUCAAGGCUACGUCCCUGAUACAGGGAUUGUUCUGUAUGAUAUUGAAGGAGAAGAAAAGGAAAGGAUUUUGAUUGGUCACAGUGAGAAGCUGGCAGUUGCUUUUGGACUUAUCAACACUUGCAGUGGUGAAGUUAUCAGGAUCACCAAGAACCUCAGGCUAUGCGAGGAUUGUCAUUCAGUCACCAAGUUUAUCUCCAAAUUCACAGAGCGGGAGAUUGUCGUGAGGGAUGUGAAUCGGUUUCACCACUUCAGGGAUGGAGUUUGUUCCUGUGGCGAUUACUGGUGAAAAUGCUGCGAAGUUGAUGGUCUUUUUUAAUCUUUACUGAUCACACUGGCCAAGAAAAAGUAGGAACAGUUUGUACAGCCUAGGAUGAUUAGAUUAACCAUGAUGACCCAGUCUUUCAGGAGGAACCUCAAAAUAGUUUCUGGUCUUCACUUGGAGAUCAAUGGAACUUCUGCAAGGCAAUUUUGAUACGGUUGCAAUAGGACCCCUUUAAUGCCUUUUUUCGAAGUAAUGGUGUCCUGACACAUUUUGAUGUAAUUUGCUCCUCUGGACACUGGACCUGGAUGUAUUCUUGCUAAUCUUGACAUUCAGUCUUGAGAUUUGUUGAACAUAUACAAGUAAAGAUAACUUAUGAUCAGGGGUUGCAUUGUGCAAGACUUGAGAGCAAUAUUAGUUGUAUUAGUUGGGAUGUCA